AUGAUUGGACGGGCCGUGCUCCGGCAGAGCCGGGGAGCGCUCGUCACACCGCCGGCCCCGAUCAGCAGCCAGCUCAGCCAGAUCUGCCGCCGUGCCUUCCUCUCUACAGACUCGACAACGACGUCCAUACCAUCACAGACGACACCGCCGACAACAAGUACGCAACCGUCACGGCCGAACACUGCGCCUCAACCGUAUGGCACAAAACGCGUCCCAUUGGCCUUGCGCCCGGAGAUGACCAGCCAUCUUGCAGCCAAGUUCGUCGCCAAGGGAAAGGCGAAGCGCAAAACGGCGGGCCUCGGUUCCUCGGUUGAGCGUCUCUACGUACCCGACGAACUGAUCCGCAACCCGCCCUACCCCAAGGACGUCACUCUCGAGCUUCUCAUGGCGUCCCAGACGCACCUCGGCCACAACACAUCUCUGUGGAACCCGGCCAACUCCCGCUACAUCCACGGCAUACGCACCGGCAUCCACAUUAUCUCGCUCGAGCAGACCGCGCUGUACCUCCGCCGCGCCGCCCGCGUCGUCGAGGAGGUCGCCUACCAUGGCGGCAUCAUUCUCUUUGUCGGCACCCGCAAGGGCCAGGCCGACAUUGUCGUGCGCGCGGCCGAGCUGGCGGGCGGCUGCCAUGUCUUUGACCGAUGGCAGGGCGGCACGAUUACGAACCGCGACCAGAUGCUCUUCCGCAGCAAGCAGCGCAUCGUCGACGAGCAGGACCGUGACAUCUCGGACGAGGGCUUCCGGUCGCACCUGUUGCGGCGGCGGCCGCUGAUUCCCGACCUCGUGGUGGUUCUCAACCCGAUGGAGAACUUUGUGCUGCUGCGGGAGUGUGCGGGUGCGACGGUGCCGACGAUUGGCGUGAUCGACACGGACGCCGACCCAGGCCGCGUUUCGUAUCCGAUCCCGGCCAACGACGACAGUCUGCGGUCGGCGGCCCUGAUUGCGGGUGUUUUGGGCCGCGCGGGCGAACUGGGGCAGAAGCGGCGGCUGCGGGACGCCCGCGAGGGCGUUGUGGCGUGGGAGAACGCGGAGGAAAUUAACCGGUUCAUGGAUAAGCGGAACCGGGCAAACGAAGCCCUCGAGUCUGGCGAAAAGAGGAAGGUCAAGUGGUCAUCGCGGACGGCUUUGUCCGGCGGAAAUAUCUUCUAA